CGCUCCGGCAGACGUGUCCGGGCAUGGCUCUGGGACUCCCGCUGCAGCAGGAAACCGUGGUGCCUGCUCGGGAACCCAGCUGGAGCCACAGCGGCCUCCCGGGCUGUGUGGCCAGUGGCCUGGGGUGGUCUAGCUGCCUUGAGGAGCCACCCACAGCCUCUUCGUUCUCCCACAGGUGGCCGGCCCCGCUGGUGAGCCAGGCCUGUCCCGCCUCGCACCUGCUGCUCCCCCUGCCAGGAGCCCCCGCCCCCUCCACGAUGGCUCCCUCGCCCGAGGACCCAGGGCCGGGUCUGGAGAGCGGACGGCCUUUCCUGAGCACCAACAGCCUGCCAGUGGUGGAGCGGUGCAUGAGUGCCAUGCAGGCGGGGACGCAGAUGGUGAAGCUCCGGGGCGGCUCCAAGGGCCUGGUCCGCUUCUAUUUCCUGGACGAGCAUCGCUCCUGCAUCCGCUGGCGGCCCUCCCGCAAGAACGAGAAGGCCAAGAUCUCCAUCGACUCCAUCCAGGAGGUGAGCGAGGGGCGGCAGUCAGAGAUCUUCCAGCGCCACCCCGACGGCAGCUUCGACCCCAACUGCUGCUUCAGCAUCUACCAUGGCAGCCACCGGGAGUCGCUGGACCUGGUCUCGCCCAGCAGGGACGAGGCGCGCACCUGGGUCACCGGCCUACGCUACCUCAUGGCCGGCAUCCGGGACGAGGACAGCCUAGCGCGCCGCCAGCGCACCAGGGACCAGUGGCUGAAGCAGACGUUUGACGAGGCCGACAAGAACGGGGACGGCAGUCUGAGCAUCGGCGAGGUCCUACAGCUGCUGCACAAGCUGAAUGUGAACCUGCCCCGGCAGAGGGUGAAGCAGAUGUUCAAGGAAGCAGACACGGACGACCAGCAGGGGGCGCUGGGCUUCGAGGAGUUCUGCGCCUUCUACAAGGCGAUGUCCACCCGCCGGGACCUCUACCUGCUCAUGCUGGCCCACAGCGGCCACAAGGACCACCUGGAUGCUGCCGACCUGCAGCGCUUCCUGGAAGUGGAGCAGAAGAUGACGGGUGUGACUCUUGAGAGCUGCCGCGACAUCAUUGAGCAGUUUGAGCCCUGCCCAGAGAACAAGAGGAAGGGGACAAUGGGCAUUGAUGGCUUCACCAACUACACACGGAGCCCCGCCGGCGACAUCUUCAACCCAGAGCAUCACCACGUGCACCAGGACAUGACACGGCCACUGAGCCACUACUUCAUCACCUCGUCUCACAACACCUACCUCGUGGGCGACCAGCUCAUGUCCCAGUCGAGGGUAGACAUGUAUGCCUGGGUCCUGCAGGCCGGCUGCCGCUGCGUGGAGGUGGACUGCUGGGAUGGGCCUGAUGGGGAGCCCAUUGUGCACCACGGCUACACCCUGACCUCCAAGAUCCUAUUCAAAGAUGUCAUUGAAACCAUCAACAAAUAUGCCUUCGUCAAGAACGAGUGAGUACCAGUGAUCUUGUCCAUUGAGAACCACUGCAGUGUCAUCCAGCAGAAGAAGAUGGCCCAGUAUCUGACCGACAUCCUUGGGGACAAGCUGGACUUGUCAUCAGUGACCAGUGAGGAUGCCACCAUGCUACCGUCUCCACAGAUGCUCAAGGGCAAGAUCCUGGUGAAGGGCAAGAAGCUGCCCGCCAACAUCAGCGAGGAUGCUGAGGAGGGCGAGGUGUCUGACGAGGACAGCGCAGAUGAGAUCGACGAUGACUGCAAGCUCCUCGAUGGGGAUGGCUCCACCAAUCGGAAGCGCGUCGAAAACAUUGCCAAGAGGAAACUGGAUUCCCUACUGAAGGAGUCGAAGAUUCGGGACUGUGAGGACCCGAGCGACUUCACCGUGUCCACACUGCCCCAGCCUGGGAAACUCGGGCACAGGGCAGAAGCCGAGGAGGACGUGGAGUCCGGGGACGAUGCUGGAACCAGCAGGCGGAACAGUCGGCUUCUUAUGGGCAGCUUCUCCAAGCGCAAGAAAAAGAGCAGCAAGCUAAAGAAGGCAGCCAGCGUGGAGGAGGGGGACGAGGACUUGGACCCCCAAGGCAGCCAGAGCCGAGGGGCUGCCCGGCAGAAGAAGACCAUGAAGCUGUCCCGGGCCCUCUCGGACCUGCCUGGCCGCCCCACCGCCCUCCCCACAGUCGCCCUGAACUACCAGUCGGAGGGGCGGAUGCUGCAGCUGAACCGGGCCAAGUUCAGUGCCAACGGCAGCUGUGGCUACGUGCUCAAGCCCCAGUGCAUGUGCCAGGGUGUCUUCAACCCCAACUCUGAGGACCCCCUGCCGGGGCAGCUCAAAAAGCAGCUGGUGCUUCGCAUCAUCAGUGGGCAGCAGCUCCCCAAGCCACGGGACUCCAUGCUGGGGGACCGAGGGGAGAUCAUCGACCCCUUCGUGGAGGUGGAGGUCAUUGGGCUCCCCGUGGACUGCAGCAAGGAGCAGACCCGCGUGGUGGACGACAAUGGAUUCAACCCCAUGUGGGAAGAGACCCUGGUGUUCACGGUGCACAUGCCCGAGAUAGCGCUGGUGCGCUUCCUCGUCUGGGACCAUGACCCCAUUGGGCGUGACUUCAUCGGCCAAAGGACGCUGGCCUUCAGCAGCAUGAUGCCAGGCUAUCGGCAUGUGUACCUGGAGGGGAUGGAAGAGGCCUCCAUCUUUGUUCACGUGGCCGUCAGUGACAUCAGUGGUAAGGUCAAGCAGGCUCUGGGCCUAAAAGGCCUGUUCCUCCGAGGCCCAAAGCCCGGCUCCCUGGACAGUCAUGCUGCUGGGCGGCCCCCCCGGCCCUCCGUUAGCCAGCGGCUCCUGCGGCGCACAGCCAGCGCCCCAACCAAGAGUCAGAAGCCAGGCCGCAAGGCCUUCCCAGAGCUGGUCCUGGGCAUGCGGGACGUGGGCUACGAGGGGGAGGCCGGCGACAGGGCACCCUCCAGCCCCGGCCCUGCUCCCGAGGCCCCGGCCCGGGAGGAGCCCGGCCGCCGCAGCCCCCGAGACACCUGCCCCUUCUCUGUGCAGAGGUCGGUCUCCUCCCUGUGCAGCCUGGAAACCAUUGCCGAGGAGCCAGCCCUGAGUCCUGGCCCACCACCGCUGGUGGCUGCCGCCCCUAGCCACUCCCCUGGAGGGCCUCAGUGCUCCGCAGGUCCCAGCACCAACUCGGCGAGCCCUCCAGGGCUGGCUCUGGAAACUUCUGGGCCCCUCCAGCUCAGGACCUGGGGCCACAGGAACCCCGAGCCAGCCCCUGAAAGCAGGCAGUGGGCAUGCAGCGGCGGGGGCGCUGGUAGGGCAGGCCAGGGGGCCCCCAGCAGCCAGACAGACAGCAGGGGCCACCCCCGGACCCAUCUGCCCAGAAGGGCCAAGAGUGAGGCGCAGGUGCCCUCAGAGUCCCCGGGUGGGCGGUGGCCCCUGGCUGGGCCCUGUCCCACCGUGUACUCAGAUGCCACAGGCAAUGACCGGCUGUGGCAGCGGCUGGAGCCAGGCAGCCACCGUGGCAGCGUGUCUUCAUCCUCUAGCGUGUCAUCCAGUGACACGGUCAUUGAUCUCUCCCUGCCGGGCCUGGGCCCAGGCCGUGAAAGCCUCACAGGGGCCCCAGCAGGACGUCUCCCCCUGCGGACCUGCUCAGCCUCAGCCGCCCACUUGGACCUGCCCACUGUGACCAAAAGCAAAUCCAACCCCAACCUGCGGGCUGCGGGCCAGCUGCCUGUGGCGCCCGGAGAGCUACAGCCCCGCCCCCUAGCUCCUAGGCUGCCCUGGGGCCGCCUCCCCUUGGUGGGCCUCUGGGACUGCACUGUGGCUGCCAAGUCCAAGAGCCUCGGGGACCUGACCGCCGAUGACUUUGUCCCCCGUGUGGAGAGCCUGGGCUGCAGCCUGGGCCUGGCCAGGGAGAGGCCAGCAGGGCCGAGUGCACGGCCGGACACCCUGACGGAGCAGCUACGCUGGCUCACAGGGUUCCAGCAGGCCGGUGACAUCACGUCGCCCACCAGCCUGGGCCCAGCUGGGGAGGGGGUGGCAGGAGGCCAAGGCUUCCUGCGACGCUCCUCUUCCCGCAGCCAGAGCCGCGUCCGUGCCAUUGCCAGCCGGGCCCGCCAGGCCCAGGAGCGGCAGCAGCGGCUGCAGGGCCGAGGGGACCCCCCGGAGGAGGAGCGGGGCAGCCCUGAGGGUGCCUGCUCCGUGGGCCAAGAGGGCUGCGGGGAUGUGCUGGCCCCCACCAAGGGUGCCGCUGACCGGCCAUCAGGUGCUGCCGUCCCCAGCCUCCUGCUCAGACUCUGAGCAGACCCGGGGAACUUGUGUGCCCUCCCUGCAGCCCGGCGCCUGGGCAGGCCGGUGUUUGCGCAGGACACAGCUGCUCGCUCCCAAAGCCACCGCCUGUCCUGGUGCGGCUGUGCCCCUGGGCCCCCAGCCCCACCUCCCGAGGAGGAAGGGAGCCCGCCCUGGGCUUUAAGAUCUGUGUAUACAGAGAGAGAUACUUAACUUUUAGAGACAAAACUUCUACAACACAAAAACGGUGCCGUGUCCUUCUCCACUUCCACCUGGUUUUAGCUGCGAGGGUGUGUGCCGGCGCGCGUCUGCUGGCCCUGCCACGCGAGGCCCCUGGGGAUGCUUGUCGUGUGCCCAGGGUGAUCCAGAACGUUGCCUGUGCCCCCACCCGGACUGCAGCUUGUUCUGCACAAACCCUGCUCUGUACGGGAUGUUUUAGACUCUUCGUAAACUCCAAUAAACACGCUGACGCUUGC